GAGCAGAGAUUUGCCUCUCCGUUUAAGUCUCUUUGUCUUGGACCUCCGGGUUCUUCUAAGCUCUUCUCCCUGCGCUUAGACUCUCAAGCUUCCAGCACAGCCCAUUCCAGGAGCCAGGAAUCAGACCUCUCUACCAAACUAGGGUGGACCUGACGGUGGGGUGCGGUGUGAAUAGUGGGGCGGGGGAUGUGCUGCAAGGCUGGAGGAUAGCAGGUGCUCGGCCCGACACUUUAACGGCCGAGGGAGGCAGUAGUCUCAGCCUCCGAGUCCCACGUGAGGCAACUUUGGGCCAAUGGGGCAGCAGCUGUGCGGGGAGGGCCCGGUUAGGCAACUAGGGGGUGUGGGGGGCUGAGGAUCUCAUUCAAAACCAGCGGGCUGCGGAGGCGGGAGGAGGGAGCCGAGGACCUCUCCCCUCCGGUGCUGGGCCCAACUAAAGGCCUCCGCACCCCUGCAAAACCCUAUCCUCCUCAUCCCCUGGGACUGGGAGACUGGGACUUGGGAUUCGGAUCGGGCAGGCCGGCGCAUGAUCCUGUAGCUAGGGAUGCUCUGGGCAGCUGGUGGGGCAGAGGACACUGGCUACGGGUGAGCGCGCGCGAGACGACGGAGAUUGGGCUGGCGGGGGAGCCGCUACAUCCAUCCCACCGGAGCAAGGGGUGGGCACCUCGGCAGCCAGGGACUUAGAACGGCCAUGCCCGUGAAGAACAGAUACAACCUGGUAGAUGAGGGUUGCGAUUCACGGCUCCCGCUGCACAGCGAAGAAGCCUUUCAGCACGGGAUCCAAUUCCAGGCCAAGUACAUUGGGAGUUUGGAUGUGCCCAGACCCAACAGUCGAAUGGAGAUUGUGGCCACAAUGAGGCGGAUUCGGAGGAAAGAGUGGGCUUGGGAAGAGAGCAGGACACUGGUGAUGCACGACCCUGUCUACAGAAUCUUCUACGUGUCCCAUGACUCUCAGGACCUGAAGAUAUUCAGCUACAUUGCCAGGGAUGGGACCAAUAACUCCUUCCGGUGCAAUGUAUUUAAGUCCAAGAAGAAGAGCCAGGCCAUUCGAGCAGUGAGGACAGUGGGCCAGGCCUUUGAAGUUUGCCACAAGCUGAGCCUACAACACCAUCUACCCACUGCUGAUGCAGCCAGCCGCCAACCCACAGAGAAGAGGCCUCAAGCAGCAUAUCAUCUAGAGGGAAGGAAACUGAGAGAGGAGGAUGGGGCCGACGGGGACUCUGAUAGAGCUGUUCUGAGGGAACAGAACAGCCAAGCCAAGCCAGAAAAGGAAAGACCCAGAGAGGUAUGCCGCUGUGCCCAGGAUGUUGGAUCUGGCUCUGCCCACCCUGACAGUGCCCAGCCAUGGUCACCCUCAAGAAGCCUGGAAUCCUCUCCCAAGUCAUCAGUCAUGCCAGUAACACCACUCUUGACUCCACAUUGUACCCGGCUCCUCCAUCACCAACUUCUCCAGCAAUGGCAGCAGGCUCAGGUAGCCACUGCCCAGGUACAGCUCCUCACAGACCAGCUCGCAGCAGAGACAGCAGCCAGAGUGGAGGCCCAGGCCAGGAUCCGUCAGUUGCUACUGACCAACAGAGACUUGCUCCAGCACAUGGCACUGCUAGGACGGCAGCUAAGGGAACUAGAGGAAAGAGCUUGGACCCGGCCUAAUGGUAACCAGGCUCUGCAGAGCUUUAGCCUUAGCCUGGACCGGGCCUCUACCCUGGGUCCCAGGAUCCAAAGGAGCCAGGACACUGUGGGAAAGGUUAGCCUGACUUUGAGAAGUAGGCAUCUUCCUGGACUCAGUCGGAGGGAAGAAGAAUCCGAGGAGACUGACCAGGGAGGGAGUCCCUCCAGCCUCACAACCAAUAAGGAUAGGUUGCUAUCACCGUCCAUUCCCAAGCUUCACCCUCCACCCCCUACCCUCAAGAAGAGGCUGACCAAGGCUUCCCUCAGCCUGGACUCGGAGACUGACCCAGGACAACCAUCAUCUUUUGGAUCCCCAGACUCAGUGAGCAGUGACACCCUGGAGGAGGCUGAAGCUGGGGCCACUCAAUGGCACCUCUCACCCACAACCUUCCCAUCUGGGGCCAACGACACAAUCCUGCACAUCAGCUUCUCUGAUGAGGAUGAGGAGGAUCCAGCCAUUGUGGCCCACAUUCCUGCAUAACCUUCCCCACCCCCCAAUCCCCCCCCCCCCCCCCCCCCGCAGCUUCUCUCUUUCCUUUCUUUCCCUUCCUCUGGAUGCUCCAGUGUACCUAAACUAGCAUAGAGCAGCAGCAGCCUACUGUAGUGUUAAGAGCACUUGACUUGGAGUCAGAUGACCUGGGUUCAAAUCCUCAUUCUGUUCGUUAGCCAUCUGUGUGAAGUGAGACAAGUCACUAAAGUUCUCCUGGCCUCAGGAUCAUCAUCUGUAACCUGAUGAGGUUAGCUUAGAUUAUCUCUAAGAUCCCUUCCAGCUCUUGGUCCUGUGAUUAUUCCUUCUGCAACAUCAUGAUGGAAUGGCAAGAGCUUGGUCUAAUAGUCAGAAGAUCAGGAUUUAAAUCUCACCUCUAAAAUAUAUUAGUUUCAUGAACCUGGGCAAUUUAUUUUACCUCUUUGAGCCUCAGCUUCCUCCUCUGUAAAAUGGGAAUAGAAUCCUUGCACUACCUACCUCACAGGCUUAUUAUGAAGCUUUGUAAACCCCAAGUGCUCUAGAAAAGUGAGCUGUUUUUAUUAGUGUUAUUUGGAGGCUGAGGUCUCUGCCACAAUGGGGACUGGCUCACUCCUUAGUUGCUUUAUAUGUUUGUUUGGUUUUUAAAAAAUGGAUUAACCAUAGCCUUAACCAGCUGAGCAAAUAGACAUAAGAUGUAACUCCUAGUACUUAACCCCAAUUGCCUAGUCCUUACCACUCUCUAAGGCAGAAGGGAAGGAAGGAAGGAAGGAAGGAAGGAAGGAAGGAAGGAAGGAAGGAAGGAAGGAAGGAAGGAAGGAAGGAAGGAAGGAAGGAAGGAAGGAAGGAAGGAAGGAAGGAAGGAAGGAAGGAAGGAAAGAGAAAAAAGAAAGAAAGAAAGGAGGAAGGAAAAGAAAGAGAGAAAGAAAGGAAGAGAGAAAGAAAAAGAAGGAAAAAAGAGAAAGGAAGGAAGAAAAAGAGAGAGAAAGGGAGGAAGGAAGGAAGAAAAAGAAGGAAGGAGAGGAAGGAAGGAAGGAAGGAAGGAAGGAAGGAAGGAAGGAAGGAAGGAAGGAAGGAAGGAAGGAAGGAAGGAAGGAAGAAACCAAGAAAAAGUACAUCAACUUUUUGGCCCUACCCAGAACCUUUGCUAACCUUCUUUGAGCUAAUUCACCUUUCUAGACAAUUAGUUUCCUCAUCUAUAAAAUAAGGCUGUUGGACUAGGUGAAUCCUAUGAGCCUAUGGCCUUUGCUCCCACUUUCUUCUCAAGCUUGGAAUGCUCUUCUCCCACUCCUUCAUUUUCCUCUAGUGAAGUCCUUCCCAUCCUUCAAAGCUCAAUUCUGCUUCUGCUUCCUUUGUGGAGCCUUCCUUGAACAUCUCUUCCCUCUUUCUCUCCCCAGCUGAAAGAUCUCUUUCUUUAAAUUUCUGAGUAUUUUGAGAGUUCUGCUCUACUUCUAUUUUACUCUUCUUUGUAUUAUAUUUAUAUAUGUAUGUGGAACUCCCUUCUUCCUCCUUUUACAACAAUGGGCUCUCAAAGGGCAGGAACUAUUUAUUUGUUUUCCACAUUGGGACAGGGAAUAAGCCAUAGCUUUAGUUCUUAGAAGGGACCUUAGAGGUCAUUAAAUCUAACCCCUUCGUUUUACAGAGAAAACUGAAGCCCAGAAAGAAUACAUGACUUACCUGGCAUCACACAAUUAAUAAGCAUUAAAGAAAGGGUUUGAACCCAAGUCUUCCUGGUUCUAAGGCUAACCCUAUCUGCUUUGCUACACUGACUCAUAUUGCUUGGUAAAUGCCUGAAGUGGAUGGGAAUAUGAAGUUCUAUCCUCCUGGGAACAUCACAUCCCAGUUAUCCUUUUGUGACCCCUAGAUGGGCCUCCACCCUGAUCAAAUGAGAACCUAUGGCAAGCAUUUUGUAAAUCUUAAAGUGCUUUAUAAAUGUGAGCACUUAUUAUCUUAAGAAGAUCUCUUGCUUCCUAGGAUUAACGAUGGAACUAGUCCCUUAUGCAACUUAGAAAACCCCUUCAGAAGCAUCUCUCUGUCACUUUCUGAUAUCUUCUAUGUGAAUGAAUUGAUUAUGACCUAGAGAGCUAGGAAGAAUGGCAAGGAAACUGGAAAGUCUCUGAACACCUGAAAUUAGGUUUGGGGUGGAGAAGAAUGAUAUUGUAGACAAAUAUUUUGUCACAUUUUGGUCACAAACCAGGGAUACAAUUGAUAUGCAAUAUAGACUUCCCAUGUCUAUAAUCCUCUCCAGUUUUUAAAGCACUUUCCUCGGGGAAGGAAUGCCAAUGUCAUUGUCCGUAUUUUACAGAUGAGGAAACUGAUGCCAGAUAAAGGGAAAGUGGUUUGCUCAAGCUUACACAGCUGAAAAGUUCCAGAGCUGAGACUCCAUUCAGGCCUUUUAACUGUUUAAUUCUUUCCACUAAUAGCUACCACCUCUUAAUCCUGGGUCCUUCCCAUCCCAGCUACAAUGCAAUAAUAUUCACUCAGCCUGGGCACUCUGGGCUGAGUUGCAGCCUCCUGGAACUCCUGUGGCUUAUCCUCCCUCUGCUGGAUGAUUCUGAGGAUAUGUCCCUUUGCCCAUCCCCUGGAGUCUGUCCAAAUGUCCCACAUACUUACCCUAAGAACUUGAGAGAUUCCCCAUUUCUCUUACCCUCAGGACAGGAUCCCACAAUUUCCCUGAAAGAGAUGUUAACAAGAAUGUAGAAUGAGGAUGACAGUGUUAGAUUGCAAGAAUCUAAUCUUUUCAAGAGAAAAAGUUACUGGAAAAUGGUGGCAAGAUGAAUGGGUUUGGAAGUGGGGAGAAGUGAAUUUCCUGACUCUGACUCUGAUUCUUAGCUUAGUGAGUGGGAUUUGGGAAAACGGUGCCAUGCCUCCCACAGAAAGGGUGGCGAAAGAUAUAAGAGAGAUCCCAGUUUCUCUUCAUGCAAGAUGAUGGAAUGAUCAGAAGAAAAUUUUGAGGAUAAAGAGAAAUUUAUAAUUCCAUGGGGAUUAUAAGGGACCCAGUAGAAAGGGAUCAGAGAGCAAUGGACAAAGCUGGAAGGCCACUUCCAUACUUACCACAUUCCUAACUAUUUAUCUGAGAACAGAAGGGACAGAGGGGAAGAGCAAAGGUAUGUUCAUGGUGCUUUCCUCUUUGGAAAUUCAGAGAACUUUUCACUUACUACUUUCCUUAAUACAAAGACUAGGGAUUGGUGUAAGAAUGUACUGAAUGGACCUGGGGUUAGAAGAUGUGUUUUCGAAUCCAAAGUUCCAAUCCUGCCUCUGUCACUUCCUGGCCCUGUUACUCUAAACAAAUCACUUAAUCCUUCCAAGCCCCACAUUUGUAUAGUUCAUCAUCAAUAAUUGCUCAGUAUACUAUACUUUAGUGGAAAGAGGCUUGAAGACAGAAGAUUUAGGUUCAAAUUCUGACAUUCAUGAGCUGUGUAACCCUAGUAAGCCCUAAGCUUUAGUAAAAUGAAGAUAAUAAUCCCUUUCCUGGAGGGCAAGAACUAUUUGUUUUUCCUUUGUGUCUUCAGUAUUUAGCAGAGGGAUUGGUCCUUAGAACCUAAUAAAUUCUCAUAGAGGGGCAGUUAGGUGGCUCAGUGGAUAGAGUGUCAGGCCUCAACUCGGAAUGAUCUGAGUUCAAAUCUGACCUUGGAUACUUUUUAGCCAUGCAACUUUGACCAAAUCACUUAACCCCAUUUGCCUAGCCCUUACCAUUCUUCUGCCUUGGAAUUGAUACUUAGCAUUAAUUUUAAGACAGAAGGUAAAGGUUUCAGAUGAAUAAAUGCUCAUGGAUUGAUUGAAAAUGUUCAUAACCCUUCAUACAGGAGAAAAGGAAUUCUUAAUCAGGGAUCUAUGAAUUUAAAAAAAAUACAUUUUGAUAAAUAUUUCAACAUAAAUGACUUCCUUUGUAAUCCUAUGUAUUUUAUUUUAUUUAUUUAAAAAUUUUAUUCUGAGGGGUAGCUAGGUGGCUCAAUGGAUAGAGCGCUAGGCCUAGAGAUGAGAGGUCCUGGGUUCAAAUCAUAUCUCAGACACUCCCUAGUUGUGUGACUCUGGACAAGUCACUUAAUACAAUUGCUAAUCCUUACCACUUCUUUGCCUUGGAACUGAUAUUUAGUAUUGAUUCUAAGACAGAAGAUAAGGGUUAAAAACAAAAACCAAAACCACCUUAUUCUGAGAAGGGAUCCACAGGUUUUAGCUAACUGCCAAAAGUGUCCAAGGUGCAAAAAAAUGUGAAGAACCCCUGCCAUUAGAGUUAUUGCUAUUAUAUGGCGCUUUAUUGUCACAAAGUGCCCUUAUACAGUAUCUCAUCUGUUUCUAAUAAGAGCCCAGCAAUGGAAACAAAACAGAAACUGUUAUACUCAUUUCACCAAUAUGGAACUGAGUAGGGAAUGUAUCUUCCUCCAAGUCACACAACAAAUCAGUGGCAGUCAGAACUAGAACCCAGAUCUUCUGACUCUCAGGUCAGGGCAUAUUGCUGAAUGACUGAAGUUUGGAGGUAAAAGGAGGCUGUCAACCAGAAUUAACAAGGUCCAGUGAGUUGGUGCAUGCCAGGGGCUGGUUGGUCAAACUAGCCCAUUAAGUCCAAGUGGUCUGGUCUCAUGCUACCACCUGGUGGCCACCUGAGGGAUUGCCAUAGUCACAAGGCUCAUGCUUCCCAUUCUAGAGCUCUUGCAGGGAAGGACUUGUGCCCAUUGUUUUACAGUUGCCUUGGAUUUUUCCCCAUCCUCUAUCCAAGUAUCCUGCCUCAGGUUAUGCCACAACUAGGGAGACCUCCGGAAACUGUGUGAUCUUGGACUUUCAGGCAGUUUAAAUAUGGGAAGAACCCCUGUGGGAGUAGAGAAGGGGUGAAGGGAGAAGAGGGCAAUAUUCUUAGACUUUAGCUUUUUGAAGACUCUCAUGGAACUGAGAAAAGAGCUCAGAGAAGAUCUUGGAGUUAAGAAAUUGGGGUUCAAAUCCCAUCUUUGCUACUCACUUUGUGACUGAACACAGUACCAAAACUCUCUCUUUUGGCCUCAGUUUCUUCAUCUCUAAAAGGAGUGGUAUUGGGUGUUUGCUAAGGUCCCUUCUAGCUCUCUCAAUCUAAUGAUUCUAUGAAUUAUGACUGUUCCUUAGUAUCCUCAGUAACCUUGGGCACAUUUCUUCUCUCUGUUUCCUAGUUUAUUCAUCUGCCAAAUAGGAUAGUAAUAUUCACUUCCUAUAAGAGUAUGGAUGAAGUGAGAUCAUUAAAGUCAUGUACUUUUUAAACUGUGGGCAUGCUAGAGAAAUGCCACAUGUCACCUAUUCCCAUAUGUCCCAUAGGAUGAUAAAUCUAGAGUUGGAAGCUUUAAGGAAGCUUUAAGCUCCUUAAGUCUAACCCCCUCCAUUUGCAGAUAAAGGAACUGAGGUCCAAAGAUGGGAAACAACUUGCCCAAGGUUAUAGUAAAUGGCAGAACUGAGAUUCCAGCUUAGAUCCUCUGACUCCAAAUCCAGUGCAUUUUCCACUAUACCAAGCAGAAUCUUCACCUCCAUUCCCUAUAUGAUCGUUCCAGAGAAUUGAUGUCUAUCUCCCUUUUCCUGGGUCGUACAUCCUUCUUAUUUCACAUCAUUCAACAAACAUUUAUUAAGCAACUACUUGGUAUAGAAAGUUGUAUUAGGUUCUAAGGGAGAUGUAGGGUUUAGCUAAAAUGUAGCCCCAACCCUCAUGAAAUGUAGUCUAGCAGGAGGGGAUCAGAUAUGAACUCUAAUAGUCUCUAAUACUCUUAAUGCUAACAAUUUUCUAAUAGAUUCUCUAAAUCUAAUAUUAGAGAAUAUUGGUGUUUGUAUUUGAUCCCCUUGAUUAUAGUUAACUGCAUUAGAGCUAAGUAGAAAACAAAGGACUCCCAGAGUAUAAGUUAAUGGAGUUAAAAAUAAAAAUAUAAAAUAAUCAAGUGUGCAAGUGUGCCCAGUCUCUAUUAGCCUACCUCUCUAUGAGUAGAUGAAUAUAAUGAGUUCAGCCCUUAGAAGAUUAUUACCAUUGUAAUACACAUUUAUAUACGCUAUACAUGCCCUGGUGUUAUUAAGCACCAGAGAUAACAAGGACAAAGAUUAAAUUGCCCAUGCCCUCAAGAGGCUUACCUUCUACUAAGGAAGAUGACACAUAAAAACAGAUAAAUUACUGCUAAAUGAUUUUAGGAGGGAAAGCACUUUAAUUGGAAGGAUCUGGAAUUGCUAAAAGGAAGUAGUACCUUAGGUGAAUCUUGCAGAAAAUCAAAGAUUUCCUAAAGCAGAGUUGGAGAAAGAGGACAUUCCUGGCAUCUGUGACAGCCAACAUAGAGGUCAGGAGACUGGAAUGCUGAAUUUGGGAAAUGGCAAGUAGGCCAGUGGAGGUAGAACAAUGAGUGUACACAAAGGGAGGAAUGUGAAAUACAUCCAUGAGAUGGUCUAGAGCCAGAUUAUGGAAGGCUUUAAGUCUGAAGCAAAGAAGUUUCAUUUUGUCCUCUAGAUGAUAGGGAAUUAUUGAAAGUUUUUCAGCAAAGGAAUAAUAUGGUUAGACUUGUGCUUGGGGACUGUAUAGGUGGAGGGAAGGGGAUAAAUAAUGAGGAUAUCAGGGAAGUAGAAAGGAGAACCUGAUCUAGAGGAGGGAUAAGUGAAUGGUGAUAAGCUUUUUCCAGUAAGGGUGGGAUGAAGUAAGUGAUAUUACAGAUAAUGGAUCUAAAACUCCAAGUAUUUAAAUGACUUUUCCGUGCUCUCACAGCUAGAACUGUAGAGCUCUGAGGCCAAUCCGACUGCUGGUCCACUAUCCCCUACUGCCCAGGCUUGGGCAGAUAGGGUGGGAGGGAGAGAGAGUGAGCAAGAAGCCUUGAGAGAUUGAGCGGGGCUGGAAUUGUGGGAUGGAAAGAUUCCAGGGAGGACCACUGGUAGGGGCUUAGUUUGAGGUGUGGCGAAUCAUGGGCUCUACUCACAAAAUACUGAACCUUACCUUAUUUUAGCUAAAAGAGCCUCCAAUGACUUAAAACUGUAGGAUCCCAGCAGGGCAGAGCUGCAACUACCCUUAGAACACAGAAGAUCAGAGCUGGAGGGAGCCUUAGGCAACUCGUCUACCCCCUCCCUUUUACAGAUGUGGCCACUGAAGCUCAAGGAGAUUCAAGUGACUACUUUAAGGGCACAUAUGUAGGUAUUGGAGGUGAUAUUUGAACCCAGGUCCUUUUUUUUUAAAAUUCUUACCUUCUGUUUUAGAAUCAAUCCUAUGUAUUGGUUCCAAGGCAGAAGAAUAAGGGCUAGGCAAUGGGGGUUAAAUAACUUGCCCAAAAUCACACAGUUAGGAAGUGUCCGAGGUCAAAUUUGAACCCAGGACCUCUCAUCUCUAGGCCUGGCUCUCAAUCUACAGCUGCCCCCAACCCAGGUCCUUUGACUCCAAAAGUUGCUACAUGCUACUUACUUCCUAUACUAUGGGAGGGAUUAGCAGAGCUGCAAUUAGAACCCAGGUCUGAUUUGAAAUCUAGUAUUCUUUCUACUAUCCCACAUUACUUUAGAGAACAAAUAGUCUGUGUGAUGUUGGACAAGCCCUGUCCUUUCUUGAUGCCUUUCUUUCCUCUUCCGAUAAAUGAACUAUGAGACUGGAUCUCUAAAUAUCCUCUUGCAGCGCUUUUUUUCCAAUUUAUUUCCAAUACCUAGCAGGAAAUAAUUCUCCACAAGAGGUUGAGGAGAGGAAGUCCUGAGGAAGACCCCGAUCUGUACCUGGGAGCUGAGGAAGGACAGGAAAUCCUAGAGGACCUGGCAGGUUCUGGAAGGGUUCUGCAACUCUAGGCAUGGGCACCAGGGGGCACUGCAAUCCAAUUCACUGCUGUUCCUAAAGCCAAGCAAUUGACUAUCUAGGUUUGUGUUGGGAAUUAGUUUUCCUUUCUAUUAGGAAUAAAAGGGUAAAGAAAUGGAUUUCAGCUUGAGACUUUCUACCACAUUCCAUCUGGGCCAAGGAACUCCCAGGCCCAGGCCUAUUUCCCCCAACCCAUUCAAUCUGUCUUAUCCCAGCUGCCCCCCUCUAACACCGCCUUGUGGAAUUACAGAAUGGCAGGGUGGUGGGGAUGUUAGAAUAGAGAACAGAGAGGCCAGCAGGUUUGGAAAAGAAAAAAACAAAUCCCUGAAGAUCAUCUAAUCUACCCUCCUUCAAUUUUAUAAAUUGGGAAAUAGAGGCUCAGAGAGGGGAAGUAACCCACCGAAAAUCUCACAAAGUGUUCAUGGCAGAGCUGGGAGAAGUAUCCAGGUUUCCUGAUUGCAUUCAAAGGUUUUCCAUAUGACAGAGGAAAGCCUAAGAGAAUGGGAGAAAGGACAGGGGAAUAAAGAUUUCCCUACCAAGGAGUUUUCCUGACCCAUCUCCCUUGACCUUUAGCCAGGCCCAAAGGUAAGACCAGAAAGGGAUGGGAGGUGAAUAUGCAAAAUGAUAUAAUUUUUUAGAGCUAGAAGAGACAGUAUACAUAUAUAUGUUUAUAUAAGUUUAUGCCUAUGUGUAUAAAAAUAUUUGUAACAAUGUAAACUUUUCAAGAACAGGGACUUUCUACUUUUUAUCCCCAGCACCUACCAUAAUGUCUUGCAAGUAGGAGGUGCUUAAUAAAUGCUUGUCAAUCAAAUUGUAUGGGAAGUAGAUGUACAUGUAUCAAAUGUGAUGAAAGGAAAUGUGAACUUGUGUGUAUGAAUAGAUUUAUCAGUAUUAUUGAGUUAUUCCUGCCUAUGCAUGUAAAAGAAUUUGUGUGUGUUUGUAUGUUACACAUGUUUAAGUGUAUGUCAUCAUGAAAACGGCAUAUAUGCCAUAUAUCUGUAUAUAAGGAAUAGUAUCCUUUUAUCUGCUUCUUAUACUUAAGCAUAUUUAAGAAUAUAUAUAUGUAUGUUUAUUAUAUGUAUAUAUUAUAUGUAUAAUAUAUUCUAUAUGUUAUAUGUAUAAUAUAUUCUCCAUAUAUGCUUGUAUUUAUGGACAUGUGAGUAGAUUCUCUUUAGUUUCUACUCAAAGCUGUCUCUUUCCCAGGUAGGCCUCAGCUUUCCCCUUCUUCCAAGACCCUAUUCUCUCUCCCUAUUUUCCCCAAGGCCCCUUACUCAAGUAAUUUCUCCCCAAAUUCAAUGACUCCCUCAAUCUCUUCAGAACAGUUCCUUCCGCUCACCCCACAACAUGAACACACACCCUCUUAUUCUAGCCCACAAAGAAAGAUUUUCUCUCCUUCUACCACACAUGGGAUUCCUCUGGGUUCAGAGAAGCAAGAAAGAAACUGAGAAAAGAUGCAGUAGAGUGAGCAUAAGGAUAGAACUCAGGGUUCUGGGGUUCAGCUCUGCUGGUCUCUUUCACCCCUUUUAAACCUGUUUCCUUUUCUGUGAAAUAGAAAUAACAAUUGUUACCCUCCUUCUCCAUUUUGUUAUAAAGGUGAGAUGAUAAUAGGUAUGAAAGGAUUUUUGCAAUUCUAAAGGUGUAUAUAAAUGUCAACUAUUAGGAGCCCUUUAUUCAAUGAUGCCCUAUUGCCUUUGGAAUAAAGUCUGUGAUGUGGUAGAAAGAGCUGGAGACAGAGAAGCAAGAGACUUGAGUUUGAGUCCCAGCCCCACCACUCCCUGGUCCAGUCCACUUGCUGUACAUCAAUACCAGCACUUCUCUUAAAGCUCAGGUCUGACUGAGUCCUGCCCCAACACAACAAGCUCCAAUGUCUCAAAGAUCAAAUGUAAAGUUACCUGUUUGGUGUUUAAAGUUCCAUCAAAAGUCACUUAUUGUCUAUAAUCUUCUUACACUUUCCUCCCUUCCACAGUGAAGCCAUACUGGCCUCUUUGCCAAUCCUCACACCUGAUGAUCCAUUUCCCACCUUGAUGCCCUUGUAUUGGCUGCCACCAUGUCUAGUAUGCUGUCCCUCUUCACCCCUUGGAAAACCCUGGUUUCUUUCAAUACUUCUCUCAAAUGCAACUGUCUUCAGGAGACUUUUCUCAUUGCCUACACCUGCUAGUGCCUUCCCCUCUAAGGUGACUUUGCAUAUGUCUUCUAUAUACCUAUGUAUGAACAGGUUAUUUGUGCCAGAGGUGCCCAACAUGGAGCCCUCAACAAUCCCAAACACUGCAGAACCAAAUUAAAGAGCAAUUGGGGAAUAUUUUAACAAAAUAAAUAAGAACAUGAUAGAACAUAGAUAAUGUUCUUAUGUGGUUUUUCUAAGUCAAUAUGCAGCCCACAAGGAUCUUUACUGAUCUAUACCAUUAGAAUAUCCCUACAGCAAGAAGAGUUUAAUUUAUGUCUUAUAUCUCCUGUGUUUAGCACAGUGCCUGGAACAGAGCAAAUGCUUAAUAAAUACUUCUUC